AUGAGUAUGACCGGCUUUACAGAGGAACAACUCACAGUUCGUGAGGCCAUUUCAAAUAUUUGCUCCAAGUUCCCCAACACAUAUUGGCAGGAGCGGGACCAACAAGAAAAAGAUCCCAAAGAGUUCCACGCUGCUUUAGCAAAGGAUGGAUGGCUCGGCAUUGCUCUACCCGAACACCUCGGAGGUGCAGGUUUAGGUAUCUCUGAGGCUACAAUGAUGAUGCAAACUAUUACACAAUCUGGCGCAGGUAUGGCCGGUGCCCAGGCUAUCCACGCAAAUGUGUAUGCCACGCAGCCAUUAGCCAAGUUCGGCACCAAGGAGCAGCUCGAAACCACGAUUCCAAACAUCAUCAAUGGCACAUGGCGGACGUGCUUCGGUGUGACUGAACCAAACACAGGCUUGGAGACCCUUAAGCUCAAGACCCUCGCCAAGAAGACCGACGAUGGCUACUCUGUUACCGGUCAGAAGAUUUGGAUCACUUGUGCGCAGGUCGCAUCGAAGAUGAUCCUUUUGGCCCGGACUACACCCCUCGAAGAAGUCAAGAAGACGACCGAGGGUCUCUCCAUAUUCUGUAUUGAUAUCGACCGCGAGAACCCUGGACUGGAUCUGCGCAAAAUCAAGAAGAUGGGUGGACGUGCCGUGGAUGCCAAUGAGGUCUUCUUCGACAACUAUAAGAUCCCCGCCAACACCCUAAUUGGCCGUGAAAACGAUGGAUUCAAGAUCAUUCUUCAUGGCAUGAACGCCGAGCGUUGUCUUCUUGCAGGCGAGGCUCUCGGAUUGGGCUACGCUGCUCUGGAGAAGGCUUCGCAGUACGCAAAGGACCGUGUGGUAUUUGGACGACCGAUCGGCCAGAACCAAGGUGUUUCCCACCCUUUAGCUGAUGCAUACAUGAAGUUGGAGGCCGCCAAGUUAGCAACUUACCACGCCGCAAAAUUGUAUGACGCCAACGAUAGAUCGGUCCCCUUCCACGAAAUCGGCGUGGCAUGCAACAGUGCUAAGUAUCUGGCCGCAGAGGCCGCCUUCACAGCCUGUGAGCGGGCAGUGUUGGCCCAUGGCGGUAUGGGUUAUGCUAUGGAGUAUGAUGUUGAGCGGUAUAUGCGCGAGUGCUUUGUGCCUCGCAUUGCGCCCGUCAGUCGGGAGAUGAUUCUGAACUAUGUCAGCGAGAAGGUCCUUGAGCUGCCGAGGAGCUACUAG